AUGAAUAAAUGGCAGAAAAAAUUUAGGAGAGGAAAUUUAGGAGAAAUACCACAAGAGGCUAGCACUAACUUAAACGCUCCGGAAUUAGCACCUUCACGGAAAGAAAAUCAAGAACCUAAUAAGCGAAUAAAACCACUUGGCUUUAAAUUUAUUGACUUAUUUGCGGGAAUUGGCGGUUUUCGUUUAUCCUUGGAAAGUUUUGGGGCAAAAUGUGUUUUUAGUUGUGAAAUCAACAAAUAUUCUUGCUUAACUUAUGAGAAAAAUUUUGGUGACGACCCUUAUUCGGACAUUCGCCAAAUAAAGCCUAGUGAAAUUCCUCCCCAUGAUAUUCUUUGUGCGGGUUUUCCUUGUCAAGCAUUUAGUAUUAGCGGUAAACAAAAAGGACUAAAUGAUUUAAGAAGUGAUGUAGUUUUUUCACUUUUUAAAGUUAUUGAAUAUCAGCGACCAGCCAUUCUAUUUUUAGAAAAUGUUCCUAAUCUUUUAAAGCAUGACAAGGGAAAAACUUUUACUUUCAUUUUAAAACAGUUGGAAAGCCUAAAUUAUCAAGUAGAAUAUCAAAUUUUAGAUGCUAGCGAUUACCAAUUACCGCAAAGUCGGAGAAGGUUAUUUAUUGUGGCUUUUAAUAAAAAAGUCUUUGUAUCUCCAAUCAAAUAUUCUUUCCCCGUUCCGUUUUCUCAAAGAAAAAUAGUUAAGGAUAUUUUGGAAAAUAAAUUAAGUAGAGUAAUAGUUAAUGGAACUAUUAAUAAAGGAGGACAAGGAGAAAGGAUAUAUAGCAUUUAUGCUCCGGCAAUAACUAUUUCAGCUUCCAGCGGUGGCUGUGCUCCCAAUACUGGUGCUUAUUUGGUAGACAAUACUAUUAGAGGAUUAACUCCGCGAGAGUGUGCUAGAUUACAGGGUUUCCCUGAUAGUUUUAUAAUUCCCGUAGCAGAAAAGCAAGCUUUACAGCAAUUCGGCAAUAGUUUACCAGUAAAUAUCGUUCAAUAUGUCAUUAAAAGUCUAAUCGACCAAGGAAUAAUCAAUGAGGACAGUCAAAAUUGGCUUUUAGUAAUGGGCUAUGAUUUAGCCAAAAUAGAAAAAGUGGUAGCUGUAAAGAUAACAGGUUCUUUUAAGUCAGAUAUUCAAAUUCAAGUCAAUAUUUUUCUAAAAGAGUUGGUAGAAGUUCAAAAUAUCUCUAUUAAAUUAGUCAAUAAUUCUUUAACUGAAAUUAUUAAGAAAUUUACCGGAGAAAGUCAAUUGCGGGAUUACUUUACCGAAAUGUCCGAAACGGAGCAAAAAUUAGUUAUUAACUGA